AUGCCCGCAAGCGACUCUGUCCUAGACGGUCCAGAAGAGGGACUUCCCCCAGACUUCGCAGCAGAGCUGGCGGCAGGGAUGGAAGCACUCAUGAAGGAUUUGGGGAGAACGCCCAAUGAUGAUGGCAGGCUUAGGCAUGAAGCUUGGGAGAAGCUUCUGAUCGCAGAAUUGGAGAGCUAUGAAAACGGAAAUUCCCUUGAACUAACCGAGGCAGUUUCUGGUACUCCCCCACCAGGCGGAUCGAGCCCCGAGCCAGUUUCCAGAUCGCCGGAUGCGGGUGCCAUGGACAAACUCAAGUCAAGCGAAGAUAAUCUCAAGGUCGAUUCGCUCUUCACUGAGGACUUGUCGGCACCGUUUGAUCCCGCGAAGUUGCUGCAGGAAUUCAAGUUUGACGAUCUCCUGGGCGAAAGUGGAGACAGUGGACAGGAUGUCCAAGAUAUCCUUGAAGGCAUGAUGCGGCAACUCAUGUCAAAGGAUAUUUUGUAUGAGCCUCUCAAAGAUCUGGAUGAAAAGUAUCCCAUCUAUCUCAGAGAAAACAAAGCGAAGAUCUCCGCGGAGGAAAAUAAUCGGUAUCUUCUCCAACACACAAAGGUACAUGAGCUGGUGGCUGUCUUUGAGCAGCCAGGGUACAAGGAUGGGGAUUCAGCUUAUUCCGCAGAACUGAUGAAAUUAAUGAACGAAAUGCAAUCUUACGGUUCUCCCCCAACUGAGUUGAUGGGUAACUUACCUCCAGGAUUUAACCUGGGAGAAGAUGGAAUGCCUCAAUUGGACGAAGGCUGUGUGGUGGUAUGA